CUGCAGCCAAUGACGAGCCAGGAAUCUCGUUGCGCGCGGAAGAGGAAAGUCGGUUUGUGACAGAAGCGUCUCGUCGUUAGUCUCUCUGCUAAGCUUUGAAAGGUAAAGAAUCCCUGUUGUGUGAGGAUCACAAUGCUUCACUGUAAAAUCAAGACUGAAAAAACAGAUGCUGGGGCUCGAAACCGCCUUGAUGCAGUAUUGCAAGGUCUGGUUGAGAGGAGUGACAGUGAGAGAGAGCAGAAUGAAGAGGAUUCUGGGAAAAUGGUAGCAGACCCUUUGAGCAAGGAUUUGUCACCUUCUUCUGCAGGGAAAAGACCAUCAUCACGAUUCCCACAACACAGAAGGAAGAAGCGUAAAGAGAUGGAUGAUAGUCUGGCAGAAACCAACCAGCUCAAACAAAAUGCGUAUAUUAUCAAGUUAUUUGACCGCAGUGUGGACUUGGCUCAGUUCAGCACUACCACGCCGCUCUAUCCCAUUUGUCGGGCAUGGAUGAAAAACAACCCCUCUAUGCGAGAGAGAACUACGGCCAGCCCCCCUCACAGCUCCGGGGAAGACGAGAUGACUGACAUGCUGAAUGGCAAAGGACAGAACGUGUGCAGGCUUCCUCCACCUGUUUCCUGUCCAGUAGGUUCAGCUGGCGAACCUGUUAAUCUCAGAAUCCCACCUGUCGAGAAACCAGCAGAGAGCAAGUCCAUAGACACUGCAGCAGGCACCUCACCGCUUAUCUACAGUCACAUCAAACGCUGGAAGAAAAUUAGACAAAAGUGGAAGGAGGCCUCCAGCAAGAACCAACUGAGAUACAGCGAGAGCAUAAAAAUCCUCAAGGAAAUGUAUGAACGUUAGUUCACAUGCAUCCCUAGAGCAUCUGAAAGGAAUUAAACAAAAAUAUCCAGGCAGAAAGCCUUCAAGGAGAGUGAAAUAGUUGUAACCAAAAUGUUGAAUUGAGAGCUGAACUUUAGCAUAAAAAAUAUGUGAGUUAAAUUGUUUUUUUUGUUUUUUUUUUUAUUAAAUACAAAAAAAAUAAAAUAAAAAUUAAAAAAAUCACAUGGGUUUCGAAUAAAUCUACAGUACUGAAUUUGAUGUGUUUAUUGAAUAAAUUGAAUGAAUUCUUUAUGACA